AUGCUAAUCGGCGUGUCCGACGGGAUCAAAGACCUGAGCAUCAAGCUUGGGGACCUCAAGAAUUUCCUUGCUGAUGCUGAUAGGAGGAACAUCACCGAUGAGAGUGUGCGUGGGUGGGUGGGGGAACUGAAGCGUGCCAUGUACCUGGCCACUGACAUCGUCGACCUAUGUCAGCUCAAGGCCAUGGAGCAAGGUCAAACCAAGGACAGGGGGUGCCUUAACCCUCUGCUCGUUUGCAUGCGGAAUCCCCUGCACGCCCAUGACAUCGGCACCCGCAUCAAGAUGCUCAACCAAAAUUUGGAUGAUAUUUGCAAGAGGGGCAGCAGUUUCAAUUUCAUCAAGCUAGAAGCCUACCAAGACCGAAAGAUGACUGGAUAUCAUGCAACUGGUCGCAAAACUGAUUCACUGAUGGAGCGGUCAGGUGCAGUUGGUGAUAAGAUUGAGGAGGACACGAGGGCACUUGUGGAGGUGCUUACAAGGGAAGCUGCUAGUGACAAGAGAGAUCGCUUCAUGGUGGUGGCCAUUGUUGGUGCCGGUGGGAUUGGGAAGACCACCCUCAGCAAGAAGGUCUUCAAUGAUGACAGUAUCAAAGGCAAGUUCACUAAGAAUAUAUGGCUUAGCAUCACCCAAGAUUUCAAUGAUAUUGAGCUAUUGAAUAAGGCUAUCAUCGCUGUUGGUGGAGACCUACCUGGAGGUGGAGGAGCCCGAGACAGAGACCUACUUGUCGGUGCUCUCAAUAACGCCAUCAGGGACAAGAAGUUCUUUCUUGUACUAGAUGACAUGUGGGGUGUCGAUGCAUGGGACAAAUUACUGAAGGCUCCCUUUAGCUACGGCGGCCCCGGCAGCAGAGUCCUUAUCACCACAAGACAUGACACGGUUGCCCUAUGCAUGAAAGUUGUGCACUAUCACCAUGUUGACAAAUUAGGUGCUAAAGAUGCAUGGUCAUUGCUCAAGAAGCAGGUAGUCACAACAGAAAAAGGUGAACCCGAGAUUGAGAUUCUAAAGGAUAUUGGCUUGCAGAUUAUAGAAAAGUGUGAUGGUCUGCCACUUGCUGUAAAGGUGGUGGGAGGGCUAUUAUGCCAGAGGGAGAAAAAUCAACGUGCUUGGCAAAAGGUUCUAAACGACGAUUUAUGGUCAGUAUCUCAAAUGUCAGAAGAGCUAAAUUAUGCAAUAUGUCUUAGCUAUGAGGACUUACCCUCUUGUUUGAGGCAAUGCUUUCUGCACUUCUCCCACAUACCUAUAGUUUUACCAUCAGAUGUGAUUGUCGGGAUGUGGAUCAGUGAAGGGUUUGUACACGGAAACCCAGAUGGAUUAGAAGAAUUGGGACAUCAGUACUAUAGGCAGCUAAUACUAAGGAACCUUAUAGAGCCAGUUCCAUAUGGUAUUGGUCAAUAUCUCUGCAACAUGCAUGAUGUUGUUCGCUCAUUUGCUCAAUUUGUAGCUAGAGAUGAUGCAUUGAUACUUCAUCUAAACGAGCGAGCGAGCCCUGCAACUACUUUCCAGACAGCAAGAAAGAUCUGCUCGAGGGCAAGGGCCAACCAAUCUCAUCUCUCCGGUCGAUUCAAGUACCAGCUCAAGCCACUGAAACCUGUAGCUACUUCCCAGAGAGCAAGGGAGAUUUGUCCAGGUUUUUGCUCUGCAGCAAGGGCAAACACAAGAUCCGUCUCUGAUCUCUCCAGUAGAUUCAAGAUGGCCAAAGAGGAGGUCGCCAUGCUAAUCGGCGUGUCCGACGGGAUCAAAGACCUGAGCAUCAAGCUUGGGGACCUCAAGAAUUUCCUUGCUGAUGCUGAUAGGAGGAACAUCACCGAUGAGAGUGUGCGUGGGUGGGUGGGGGAACUGAAGCGUGCCAUGUACCUGGCCACUGACAUCGUCGACCUAUGUCAGCUCAAGGCCAUGGAGCAAGGUCAAACCAAGGACAGGGGGUGCCUUAACCCUCUGCUCGUUUGCAUGCGGAAUCCCCUGCACGCCCAUGACAUCGGCACCCGCAUCAAGAUGCUCAACCAAAAUUUGGAUGAUAUUUGCAAGAGGGGCAGCAGUUUCAAUUUCAUCAAGCUAGAAGCCUACCAAGACCGAAAGAUGACUGGAUAUCAUGCAACUGGUCGCAAAACUGAUUCACUGAUGGAGCGGUCAGGUGCAGUUGGUGAUAAGAUUGAGGAGGACACGAGGGCACUUGUGGAGGUGCUUACAAGGGAAGCUGCUAGUGACAAGAGAGAUCGCUUCAUGGUGGUGGCCAUUGUUGGUGCCGGUGGGAUUGGGAAGACCACCCUCAGCAAGAAGAUGCCCCUCAAUAGCUUAAAGAUUUUAGUGAUGUGGGACAUGGCAUAUUGCACCCAACUCCCAGAUGGCUUGUGUGCGCUCCCAUGUUUAGAGUACCUAGACGUCGGACAAGCUCCAACAAUCAAGCGUGUUAGGUCUGAAUUCGUGCAGCCACAUAGUCACUGCCAUCAUGCUUCAUCCCAGGUUGCUGUCUCGUUUGCAAGACUGCACAAGAUGAUAUUAUGGGAAAUGGCGGAAUUGGAGGAGUGGGAGUGGGAGAAGGAAGUGCAGUCUAUGCAGGCCUUGGAGGAACUUAAAAUCAGAAGUUGCAAAUUGAGGUCCAUCCCUCCUGGCCUUGCCUCCCAUGCAAAGUCUUUGAAAAAGUUAACCAUAUGCAAUGUCCAGCAGCUCCAGUAUAUAGAAAACUCUGCUUCUGUAGUCGAGCUCAGCCUUGCUGGACUACCCGACCUGACUAGGAUCUCCAAUUUUCCCAAGCUGCGAAAACUUGAGAUCUAUUGCUGCCCGAAGCUCGAGUUGCUGCAGGAGAUGGUUGCACUCCAGAAGCUAACAGUUCAGUACAGCGAGAAGCAGCUCCCAUCGUACCUGCAAACUGUAAAGCCAAGCCAUUUGCUGCUGGAUUGCUGCUCGGUGAUACUCCUUUCCAUGGCUUUGGGAGAGUCUUGUUCCGAGUGGGACAAGUUCAGCCAUAUCCAGCAAGUUGAGGCUUAUGCAGAUGAUGGAGGCAUUGAAAAGAGAUGGCAUCUAUUCUACACAAGGGAGCCCUACAACAUGGAGACCAACAUUGAUCUGCAGGAGUGGUCAGACGAUGUUAACUUUAUCCAAUCAGAGGGUGAAGAUGGACUGCCUCGGUUAGCUGCCCUGAUGAAAUCUGCGGAUGAAGAUGAGGAGGAUGCAGACAACACAGAAGAAAUAGAGGAGGAAAGCAUGGGCCAAGGAAGGGAGGAGUAGCAAAUCAAGGAGGCAACAGCAUGUUAAUUUCCUGCUGCUGUUAUAUGUACAAUCCCACGUGCUACCUCUCACAGCCCGGGAUCACAUGGUCCAAAAGCAUAUUUUUAUAUUUCCGCAUUUGAUUUGGUGUAAUGUAGAAAACUAAGUACAGCAUUGGAAUUGCUUGGUUUGUUUGUCAA